CCAUAAAGACCAUGAAGAAUAAACUAGUAUUGUUGUCAUUAUCUCUUUGCCUUUGUGUUGUGGUAGUUCCAAUUAGGAGCCAAAAGCAUGCAUGUGACAAAGGCUUUUCUCAAAGAAGCAAAUUCCCAUUUUGUAACACUUCAUUAACAUAUGAGAUCAGAGCCAAAGACUUGGUUUCACGGCUAACACUUGAAGAAAAGGCAGAGCAAUUAGUGAACCCUUCAAGCGGUGUGUCAAGGCUAGGUGUCCCUGCAUAUGAAUGGUGGUCAGAGGCACUUCAUGGUGUAUCAAACUUGGGUCCAGGGACACGCUUUGACAAAAGGGUCCCUGGUGCCACAAGCUUCCCAGCAGUGAUUCUAUCAGCUGCAAGCUUCAAUGCAACACUUUGGUACAACAUGGGACAAGUUGUGUCCACUGAGGCCAGAGCCAUGUACAAUGUGGACUUGGCUGGCCUCACUUUCUGGAGUCCUAAUGUCAAUGUGUUUCGCGAUCCAAGGUGGGGUCGCGGCCAAGAAACUCCCGGCGAGGACCCUCUUGUUGUGUCUAGAUAUGCUGUCAAGUAUGUCCGGGGAUUACAAGAAGUGCCUGAUGAAGCUAGUUCCAAAGCUGAUCGCCUUAAGGUCUCAAGUUGUUGUAAGCAUUACACUGCUUAUGAUCUUGAUAACUGGAAAGGCAUUGAUCGCUUCCAUUUUGAUGCAAAGGUGACAAUGCAAGACUUGGAGGACACGUAUCAGCCUCCAUUUAAGAGCUGUGUGGUGGAAGGUCAUGUUAGUAGUGUCAUGUGUUCUUACAAUAGGGUCAAUGGAGUUCCCACUUGUGCUGAUCCAAACCUGCUCAAAGGGGUAGUAAGAGGUCAAUGGGGUUUAGACGGAUAUAUUGUUUCAGAUUGUGAUUCAAUUGAAGUAUAUUAUGAUGCAAUUCACUACACUGAAACACCUGAAGAUGCUGUGGCUCUUGCACUGAAAGCAGGUUUAAAUAUGAAUUGUGGGGACUUUCUAAAAAAAUACACGCCAAAUGCAGUGAAGUUGAAGAAGGUAGAUGUAUCUGUUGUAGACCAAGCACUGGUGUACAAUUACAUAGUUCUAAUGAGAUUAGGCUUCUUUGAUGACCCCAAAUCACUUCCAUUUGCAAAUCUUGGACCAUCUGAUGUAUGCACUCAAGAGAAUCAGCAAUUAGCCUUAGAUGCUGCAAAGCAAGGAAUAGUUUUGCUUGAAAAUAGUGGAUCUCUUCCCUUAUCAAAAACCAAGAUAAAGAAACUGGCUGUGAUUGGUCCAAAUGCCAAUGCAACCACAGUUAUGAUUAGCAACUAUGCUGGAAUACCUUGCCGCUACACUAGUCCAUUGCAAGGACUAGAGAAGUACAUUUCUUCUGUGAGUUAUGCACCUGGCUGCAGCAAUGUUAAGUGCAGCACUCAGAGCCUUUUCGGAGCAGCAACUAAGGCAGCAUCAGGUGCUGAUGCAGUUGUGGUGGUUGUGGGAUUAGACCAGUCCAUUGAAGCAGAAGGCCUUGACAGAGAGAACUUGACACUACCUGGAUUUCAAGAGAAGCUUGUUAAGGAUGUUGCUCAAGCUACAAAAGGAACAUUGAUUUUGGUGAUCAUGGCAGCUGGCCCAGUCGAUAUUUCUUUCACUAAGAGUGUCAGCAACAUAGGAGGAAUAUUAUGGGUUGGAUAUCCUGGUCAAGCUGGUGGAGAUGCCAUAGCUCAAGUAAUAUUUGGAGACUACAACCCAGGUGGUAGGUCCCCUUAUACAUGGUACCCAGAAUCUUAUGUUGAUCAAGUACCAAUGACUGACAUGAACAUGAGAGCCAAUAGAAGCAGGAAUUACCCUGGAAGAACCUACAGGUUCUACAAUGGAAGCACUCUCUAUGAAUUCGGACAUGGAUUAAGUUACUCCACAUUCACCACCUAUGUAGCAUCAGCUCCCAACACCAUAGUGAUCAAGAACUCAUCAUCCAUUCAUUCAAAACUUGAGUUCCUCACCGAUGUUCAAGCAAUUGAUGUUUCCGCCAUAAGUUGCCUUGACUUAACAUUCUUGCUUGUGAUUGGUGUGAAGAACAAUGGACCCUUUGAUGGAUCUCAUGUGGUGCUAGUGUUUUGGAAGCCAGCAAUGACUGAGCUUGUGCCUGGUGCUCCAAUUAUGCAGCUGAUAGGAUUUGAAAGAGUGCAAGUUAAGGUUGGGAUGACAGAAUUUGUAACGGUGAAAAUAGAUUUAUGUGAAGAAUUAUCAGUAGUGGAUGGUGAUGGUAAGAGAAAUCUGAUCACUGGACAGAACACUAUUGUGGUUGGUUCUUCCAGUGAUAACCAAGUCACACAUAACAUUGAUUUUAAGCUUUCAGAAAUGGUGGAUGGAGAACACUUCAUGUCUCAGUGAUACCUCUGCUGGGAAAUAGCCAUAAGCCCAUAACAUAAUAACACUAUCUAUCUAUCCAUUAUUAUGGAA